CUUUUAUAUCAUUAGAAACAUAAGAAAAUUGUGAAUCAAAUUCAAUGUUAGCAAUAUUUGAGAAUUACAUAACACCACGCAUCUUCAUUGUCCACCACACUAUGCCCUUUCCCAAUUCCACAAAAAAGUGCAUUCUAUCAUUUCUUCAUUCUUCCCACAACCACUACUAUUAUAGCUACAAAUUGUAUAUAUCUUGCAUUCUUUCAUACAAGCCUUUGAUUCCUUUUCAAUUUCUCCAAUGUCUUCCUUAACUCAACUCAAGUACCUUCCAAGCUUUCACCACCAAGCUUGCACAAAAAACGCAUUCGUCCAUCGAAUUCGUGUCUAUUGCUCCACCAAUACUACUACUGAUACUACUACUAAUACCGCUACUUUGAAGUCCAAACUCAAUGCCAAUCAAUUGAUCGUUGAGCCUAGAUUUGAACCGCUGCCGAUAAAGGCAGUAACCGUCGCUAACCAUCCAACGGAGAGUGACACAAGUUUGCAAUCAACAUGGUCUCAUCGCGCAUGGGUGGCGGUUGGAUGCACAACUUUGCUCAUUUCCUUGGGAGAGUCCAUAAAAGGUUCAAUGGCUAUGAAUAUGUGGGUUGAGCCGAUUUUGGCAGGUUGGAUUGGUUACAUUUUAGCUGAUCUCGGAUCCGGAGUUUAUCAUUGGGCCAUUGAUAAUUACGGAGAUGGGUCAACCCUGUUUGUUGGAGCUCAAAUCGAAGCUUUUCAAGGCCAUCACAAGUGGCCUUGGACAAUUACGAAACGCCAAUUUGCUAACAAUUUACACGCGCUCGCGCGUGUGGUGACCUUUGUAGUGCUUCCUAUAGACCUUGUUUUCCACAACCCUAUAGUUCAAAGCUUUGUUGCAGUGUGCGCGGGUUGCAUUAUGUUUAGCCAACAAUUUCAUGCAUGGGCUCAUGGGACAAAGAGCCGGCUUCCGCCUCUCGUGGUGGCUUUGCAGGAGAGUGGAGUGCUUGUGUCACGGUCGCAACACGGCGCGCAUCAUCGGCCACCGUAUAACAAUAAUUACUGCAUAGUGAGUGGAGUUUGGAACGAGUUCUUGGAUGAAACUAAGGCUUUUGAAGCUAUGGAAAUGAUAUUGUAUUUUAAACUUGGAGUUAGGCCAAGAUCAUGGAGUGAGCCUGCUUCUGAGUGGAUGGAGGAUAUUGAAAUUGCUUCUCAAAGCCAAGCACAAUGACCCUUCUUUCUUCUCUUUUCCUUGUUGCAUAUAAUAUUGUUUGCAUAUAAUAUGAUUGUUAUCUUCCUAUGUUCUUUUCACUCAAUUAAAAUUAAUACAUUUUUAAUUAUUUUGGUUUCAAAAUAGGAUUGUCCUGUUUAUAUAUUACUCAUAGUUCAUGAUAUCUAGUAUUUGUGCAUUUUUUUUUUUUUGAGUUAUGGUAAAAAGAAACAGUUGUUGCAGUAGUUGAUUAUGUAAAGUGAGAAGAUAAUUAUUUAUAAUUUGAGAAUAAAUAUUUUAAAUA